AGGUCACUUCAAACUUGACCGGCGAAGACGACGGACGUGCCGGUUUUAUUUUGUUACUAUUUAUUCCCAAGCGUUUCCGUUUAACGAAACAUUCGCUGAAAAAGUGUUUAUUUUUUUAACUUAGUGCAAAAUUGAGAAUUUGUUUUUAUAAACAAAGACGCUCGACCAUGAAGGCUGCAGUUGGUUUUGUCUUGCUUUUGAUAGGCUCAGCCACGGCAGACCUGGCGGGAGAAUGCUCCAUGGCAGGCUUUUACCUGGAGCUGGGCUGCACCCCGGCGGCUGAUCCCGUGAAUAUGGAGUACCUCGCCAAGCUGGUGCCAGCCAAUAAGACUAAGUGCCCCCACGCCUUCGACUGCCCCAACCUACACCCCAAUGCUUCUGUUUGCUAUUAUAAAGGCAAACCCUACGAAGACAAGGAGAUGAUCCCUCAGGUGUUGAUCAGCAACCCAUGCUCGCAGGGAUGCAGGUGUCAGAAGGUAGGCGGAGUGCCGUCCUUCGAGUGUGCCGCCGUGGAUUGUGUGGAGACGUUUGACUCUGAUAUGGGGGAGUGUGUCCGGACUUAUGAUCUGGAGAGUUGUUGUAGCACUGGAACCACUUGUGGCAAAGAUGCAGUAGCAAAGCUGAACAUUUGCGAGGUAGACAACAAGACAUAUAGAGAGGGAGAAUCCUUCAAGCCUAAGAACAGCGGAAAGUCGUGCAUUUGUUCGGCCAAGUGGAACGGCUCCAUCGACAACCCGGAGUACUGCCGCGAUAUCAACUGUGGUAUCGAGAUCCAUUACCAGGACCAGAUCAUGAAGGAAUGCGCGCCUAUCUUUGUUGACGGCAUCUGUCCUAUAGGAUUUCAGUGCCCAACAGCAAACAUGACAGUGAUCGAGGGUCUGAACGUGCUGGGGGUGUCCGCGAAGUGUUCGUUUGGUAACCUGACGCUGUCCGUGGGGGACUCAGUGGACUUCGGCGACCAAUGCAUGCGCUGCUACUGUGACGUACCGCCCAUCGUCUCCUGCGCCAAACUAUCUCCUAAGCAGUGCUGAAGCAAAUGAAAAGAACAGUGAAAGAAGAAAGAGAAGAGAGAAGAGAAGAUAUGUUGGUGCUUUUCUGGCCAUUGAUGUAUAAUAAUAUGUUACUUCUUCUUUGCGAGUCGAUGGCGAUCGAUACUAAAUUUUUGCUGACCAAUAAUUGGCCACGCUUACGGCAUUGUUAGUGGCUUCGUGAAGGUCUUUAAUAGUGCAGGUGUUAGAGCACUUAGGACAGCACAAAAGGUGAGCUAUAGUUUGUGGUGAUACUCCACACUCGCACUCAUCGCAACCAUCAACCAGGUAUCCCCAUCUGCAGAUUAUCCUUGCAGCGGCCAACCUGUGUCCGGAGCCUAUUUAAGGACUUCCAUGCCGGCCAAUAUAACCUCAUUGAUUCUGGCGAACACAAACAUUAUAGUAACGUAUUUUUACAUCAAUGCAAACAUUUAUAACCUAAUUUUAGUUUGACAGUUCUUUAAUUGUAGCCGUCAAUCAAUACGUGCAAGAAAGAGAUGCAGCUAGUAUAAGUCCUGUCAAAUUAAAAUAAAAUUAACAUGGUGCCCGAAUAGGUGUAGGGGUUCUAAACAGUGAUAAGGACGUGGUAUAGAAAGGGAAAAUGCAAAUGGAAUUCCAUAGUCUCUUCUUACCCCGGUGGGAAAUAGAUGUGAGUUUUUGUAUGUGGCUGUAGAAAGGGCAAAAUGUAUUGUAGGUGAGGAUAGUCAAUUAUAGUAAGAGGCCGUUAAUUUUUUUAAGUGUUUUUUUUUUUUCUUUUUACCGUUCCUUAUUUAUGGAAUAAAAGAUAAAUUUGCUCUUACGCUAAAUCUCCUCUGUCCGUUUUGCAGUCCCUAAAAGGAUAACCAUGAGUUUUAACUAUCUAUGGUAUUAGUCCAUCACCUCAUAAUUGAUAAUGUGAAUACAUUGAUGUAUAAUUAUGUUCAUCAUCGUUAAUUUAAGAGCGUAUCCCUGGAUACGAGUGAACGGCCACGAGCAUUAAUAUGUAUACACUUUGGUACCAUGUCACAUUAACUUUUUUGACAAAUUGAACUGUAAGUCUCACUAAAUGUCAAAUUGUUAGUGCGACAGAGUCCUAAAGUGGGUAAAUUAUAUUGCUCAUGACUGAACACCUCAACGGUUGCAGAGCAAGGGUUCUACGUGAUACCCCGUAGGUCUGGGUCCCUAUCCGAACUCAGCCGUCAUCUCACUCCGGCCUACUGAAGUAAGAGGCGCCCACCCCCGCGGCAAGGACGCGCCGAACAGAGAAAAGAUGACUCUGUCUGUCUUAGUAUUGGCGAUAAAAAUACGUUAAGUCUUAAACGACGAUGUUAUAUGUUUCAAACGCAAAGUAUUUUCUUUUUUGCCGCUUCAACUAGCCUAAUAGUCACUGUGAUCCUGUGGUACACCGGUUUGAUUCUCAAGCGGGGAGCGCUGUUUCGUAAUCCACUAUCGGACUUGCACGAAUAAGUUAUUAAUUUAUCUUUAGUGCAGUUUUCACUAACACAGUUGCCUCGACCAUUAUAGACGGCGAUGCGGCUCACCAUCUAUGUAUUACGUUGGUCUAACAUAAAGCUUAGUGAGGUAUGCGUACUUAGGACACCAAACACUUCAGGACCCCGAUACCGACCCCGCCGGCGUGGUCGACGAUUUCCCCCAAUCAGCGCUUAUCGCUAUCGACCCGCUAGGGUCGAUUAAUUUUUUCAAAUAUUUUUCCUCUCAGACGACGCCCUGAGCCGAAGUUCGCGCCCAACUGGGCACCCUCAGGCCUGUUGUCUUAAACGUUGUACCGGGUAAGGGCCUUCAGCGCUCCCCAUAUGUUCGGCUAAGUAGUUAAUGCCAUCUGCGGCAAAUCUACAAUGAGUCACGUCAAAAAAAGCGUACUUAGUUCGUCUGGCUACCCCAAUUGGGAUAAUAUAGUCGUGAGUUUAUGUUAUGUAAUAUAACUGGUGAAAUUGGGCAGUUGCUGGCUGGUGCAGUAGGGGGCAGGCUUAUGUACGAAAAGUACUUAGAUACAGAAUAAAAAAGAACGUAAGUUGCAUGUAAAAUAAUUUUAUUUGCUUAUUUAGACAUUUAAUACUUAUGUUACACUGGCAGUGGUAUCCUUAGCCUACAGUAGGUGUUGAUUUUAUUAUUCAUCACAAGACAUGACAAGCUUAUAUAAAUAAGGACAUUUCCAUUAUGUACAUACACAGCCUUAGAGGACCUUAGUAAAUUAUUUUAAGUUAUCCUAACUUAGUUUAAUGUUGUGACGAUUUCAAUAUUUAUACUUAGUUAAGUACUUAAUUAUGUUUUAUUAAUAGUCUAAUAGUAAGUAAGUACUUAAAAUGUUAAUAAAUUGGCUCUUACAAAAUUUUA